AUGGCAGACGCCAACUUGGAAACACUGUCGAAUUCCGAGGAACAUGCUAUAAAUAGACGAGCAGAUAGUCCCGAGACGCAAACAGAAGAUCUCUUUUCGGAAAACGGAGAUGACCCGCCAUCGGCCUCAGAUGAACGUCGAUUAGGACUCGACAUCGUUCGUCCUUGGGGCUGGUCGGGUUCAUCUUAUAGUGACUAUGACGUGGUCACUGUUCACGGUAUACGCGACGACUAUAAAAUAGCCUGGACAAAAGAAGACGGCACUUGGUGGGUAGUAAGUGAACUAUUCGAAGAUUUUUCCACCAGAGAGGUGGAUUACUCCUACGAGAUUGGUGAAGAAGCAACCAUAUUUCAGGAGGAUGGUAUCAAGCUGCAUGCCGAAAGGCUCCUCACAGCUUACGCCAAAGACCGUGCAAGUCUUGAAGAAACUGAGGUAGAUCGCCCCAUUAUAUGGAUCUGCCAUGAUAUUGGAGGAACUAUUGUGAAAGAGAUAUUCCUAGGAACACCCCACAGAUUUCAAUCCACACAGGAUCUUGAAGAACAGAUUCAUAACCUUCUUCUACUGCCAGGUCCUGACAUUAGGCAUGCAUUUUUGAGCAAAGUCCGAAACCUUGCCUUCCAUGUCAACAAAACCAACGAAGAUUUUCUAGCGACAAAGCUCUUAGAUCGUGCCGCUAUUAUCAACGUUUUUGCUCAAAAUUGGCGCGAGAGUCUGAGACAGAGGCGUGCCGAAGGCGUUGACAGCAUCCCAGAGGGCCAUGAACAUGAUGAUAUACCCGAUCCAGUCACUCCUUUCUCACGAUAUACUCACUUUAUUGGACAAUCGUUUGAAGCCUCUGGAAGACGUCGAGUCGACUUCAUUAAUCAUGCUGAUCUCAUUCGUGGCGAUAUUUGGUCCGACCGCUGGAUUCAGCGUAUAUCCAACAAGUUCAAUAGAAACGGCUGCAUGAUCAAGGUAAAUUAUCAGCUGCUACAAUUUCAAGCUCACCUCCUCUCCCAGGCUCCUCCAACCAGGAGCUUGGAUACGAAAUACGACCCUCUGAUGCCGAUUCCACCAAUCUUGAGCUGGAUUUACAAACAGGAGCCAUACCUUGCACUGUCUAAGGCAGGCGUGGGGCCACGGCUUAUGCACCUCUAUACCAAUGGAAUUUCUUCGGUAGACAUUAAGGAAUGUUCCCGUCUUUUCUACGUUGAUUAUGAUUCGGAUCAUGGGCAUAAGAACGCAGAAAAGUCUAUCAUUUAUUUCGAGUUUGACCAGUGGGACUCCCGAUAUAAUGACAUAUCCUCGAUGCUUUUUUACUUCAUUAACACGAUCAUGUGGCGUUUCUGGAACAAAUUUUAUCAGGAACACAUGAUUCAAGAGCUAAAUUUCUUAAAUGAUACAUGUAUCUGGUCACUGGAGGAUCUAUAUCACGUAUAUUCGACACUGAGAUUUCGAACCUCUCAUCAGAUCACCUUCUUCCUUUGUGGGUUUGACCAGUGUCCUGAGGACCAGCGGCGAUGGUUUCUACAGCGUGUUUUAGAAGAGCAGGACUACAGUGAGGCAGAAUAUCGCCUGAUUCUGUCUACCUCUACGCGAGAUGGUUUGGCCAUUGAGAAUGUUCCUGACGCUGUGCGAAUCAAUGUGGACGAUUGCCCAGCAACUGUCAAUCUGGGUGAUAAAGUCGCCAAAGAACUUGAAACGGGAUUAGCAGGCCUACUGAAACGGCGACUGAUAUACGGGGAGUUUCGACAACAGCUCGAGCUACUGCUGAGAAAGUGUGAAACCAUACCAUACCUAGGACAUGUUAUUUUGACUUGGCUUGAAAACUACCCUCAUGGCAAGCCAAAGUCUGAGAUUGCGACUAGAAUCAAUGAGCUAUGGCCUCCGACAGCGGAGAAUAUUGUUCACGUCAUAAUAUCCUCUCUAUCGCCUGAGCUUCGAGAAAGAGCCAAAAACGUCUUCAAUUGGGUUAAAUACGCGUUAGAACCGUGGUCCGCAGAGUCUUUAGCAGAAGCUCUUGCUGUCUUUUAUGUCCCAGAUCAGGAACCCUGCUUCGCUGAUCGUAAUACACAAGAUUUCAUAAAAGAGAUAGCGGCGUCUUUUUGCGGAAUCAUCAUUGUCAAGGGCAACGAUAUCAAGUUCAGUCACCCGUCGUUUUAUCUUGUCCCUGCAAUCGGGGUGGAUGGGAACGAUGAAGAGCGAGCUGCCACAGUGAACAGCACCAUGGCAGAAAUAUGCCUACGAUAUCUCCAAUAUGAAAGUGUACAGGAUGCAAUCACGGAGUCUUGCUCGCAAAUUAUGGAAGACAAUGAAUUGAAAACGCCACUCGAUGCAUUCGUGAUUUCUCACUCAAGAGCCAGUAUGGCCGGAUACGCAGUUCGAUUUUGGCCACGCCACUACGAAGCAAGUGGAGCUUUGAAGCCCAAGCAGCUUGGUUUUAAAUUAUUUGCCAGCAAAAAGGCUCGCGGCUGCUGGGAGACGUACUUGUGGCUUCUUUCCAAUCCGCUGACUCGGCCGGAACGAGGCUAUAUCUCAACACUGCCAAUCUUUGCAAGGCUUGGUUUGGAAGACUUACUUGAUGAAAAUAUCAAAUCCGAAACUGGCCAGUCUUCCUUUAACAAGGACUGUUGGUUUGCUAUCUCGGAAGCUGCACGAAUGGGUCGUAACAACUUCGUUCGCAAGCUAUUACAACAUGUCUCAGUAGAUGAAGAAGAGCUUCAAACAGCACUACUUGCAGGGGCUGGGCAAUGCGAUGAAGAUACAAUGAACCUUCUUCUAGAGAAGAUACCGAAGUUGGAAACAUUCCAAUGGCCCAAGCAUCUGUUUCAUCGAGCUAGUGCUGUUGGACUUGGGAGCCUCCUCACAUUGAUGCUGCAAUCUGGCUACGACAUCAAUGAGCUCGGCAGCUUUUAUAAGUCAUCGCCAGCAACUAUAGCGGCAUGGCGAAGUUCCGCGUCUUCAUUGGAAGUUUUGUUGGACUCAAGAUACAAAGCGGAUUUAUCCAUUAGAGCCAUGUCUGAUGACACCUUAUUCACAUUGGCAGUGUAUAGAGGAAAUCCGCGAAUUGUCGAAAUGGUCUUGAACGCUGGUGCGGAUUUAGCAGAUACAAAUGGUCCAGAUGGCUCAGAACAAACACUGACCCAAAUAGCUGUCUAUAACUAUAGACACAAGGCGGCAGAUAUCCUCGUCAGGGCUAGGGCUGACUUCAACAGCAAUGAAAAAGACGACAUUCACAGGACAGCCGUGAAGCCGCCACUGAUUAUCGCGGCCAGGCUGGGCACACUGGAGUGUGCUCGGAUCUUACUUACUCACGGAGCUGAUCCGCUCAUCACAUUCGCUGAUGAGACGGCAUUAUACGUAGCUGUUGCGAAUAACAAUAUAGAAAUUGUGCGGUUGUUACUGGAGCAGGAACAGAAGCCAGACUUGGGUGCGCACCCCCCUGAAGAGAUAAUGCUUUUGAUGCGCGCGAUUGAUGGAGGAAACGCCGAUCUUGUAUCAACGCUAGUUGAAUACGGCGCCGAGGUCGAGUUUGUUGAUCCGAAGGCUGGCGCCUACACUACGCCUCUGUCACGCGCUUGCCAUGGAGGAAAUCUGGAUAUUGUGAAGUUUCUCGUGGAGAAGAAUGCCGACAUAAAUUACACAGGAGGCGUGUCAGAAUCGCCGCUGUUUGCUGCAACUUACGCUGACAAUGACGAAGUAGUAGCAUACUUGCUCCAAGAUGAACGAAUUGACGUUCAUUGGGCCAGGAGCGAUGGUGUGAACGCGCUUAUGGCAGCAUAUACGAGCCCAGAGACAGUUCGAAAGCUACUUGAAAAAGGUGUGUCGGUAGACCACUAUAGUAGCUGGGGAACUAUACUUCACUUGGCAGCACCACACUGGCCCAAAACAAUGAAAGUAGUUCUUGAACACGAUCCCAAACCUGAUCUAGAACGCGUUUGUGGCGAAGACAUGGAGCUCGAAUUAGAUAUUGGAUGUACACCUCUACUGAUUGCUUGCCAAGAGCAGACACCUGAGUGCGUUGAGCUCCUCCUAAAUGCUGGUGCCAAUGCAAAAUUUAGGAACACCAAGGGCGUGGAUGCCAUUGAUACCUUGCUUCAGUCAAACAAGUACUCGAAAGAUACUGAACAGUGUCUGAGGCUGAUCAUUUCUGAACCUGGUCAGUUUGAUCCAGAUUAUGUAAACGCAAAAGGUCAAACCCGGCUGCAUGAGAUCAAGAAGAGGACACCUGUGGCUAUAAUCCAGCUUCUUGUUAAAGCAAAAGUACCUCUUGACAGGCCAGACAACGACGGCUACACUCCUUUGGCUAUCUCUGUUAGAGAAGGCAACACGAACGCUGUCAGAUAUCUCAUCGAUCGGGGAGCCAGUGUCAAUAUUUUUAGUCCCAGCUUUGGUAGUAUUCUUCACCUUGCUGUGACUAAAGGCUUUAUUGGCCUUGUCAAACUGCUCAUCGCCUCUGGUGCGGAUUGUGAAGCGGUCGACCCCAAGUAUGGCGCGUCAUUGCUAUAUACAGCACUGGGAAUUAACAACAUCUCGGUGCUUCUAAAUAUGGUAAAAUAUCUAGUUGAUGAAGCCAAGGUACCAAUUAACAAGCUUGGUGGUGAACUUGGCUAUCCCAUCAUAAGAGCAGCGGAUAUGAUCAGGACCAAUCAUACGACUGGCAUCAAGAUGCUGAAGUUUCUUAUUCGACGCAAGGCUCAGCUGAAUGUGACGGAUAGACAAGGCCGCCGCGCUGUACAUCUUGCAUGCAUCUCACGGCAUGCUGAUGGUAUCGAAUCACUAGUGGAGGCUGGCGCCGAGGUUGAUGUGAAGGACAAGUUUGGCCGUAUGCUCAUUCACUUUGCGGCAUCGUCGUCGUCGAAUAACUGCGUCGAAUAUCUCUUGGACGCGCACAAGCACACGGACAUCAAUGCCGCGGAUCACGACGGCUGGACGCCGCUCUUAUGGGCAGCGCGAUCUGGCGAUGCUAACACUAUUACUAGGCUAAUUGCAGAGAAUGCAGAUGUAUGGGUUCGAGGACGCGCUUACGGCGCGGGAGGCGAGUGGUCAGCACUGAAGUUGAUGAACUUCGCAGAUCGGAACACAGCCCUAAAAGAAGAGUUGAAGCCUAAAGAACGAGUGAGGACCAACGAUGAGGGAGAAAAGGAGGAGUGGAAUGACUAUCUGCAUGAAAGCAUGGCCGCAGACAAGAAAUAUGUCGCCUGCAAGAGUUGCCUCAUGGACAUCAUAGGCUUGGAAUGGAAAUGUAUAGAGUGCCCCGACAACUUCUCACUUUGCUUCAAAUGCUACAGCCACCGAUCCGAUCUUCACGAUUCGGAACAUACCUUUCAAGAGAUUGAGCCGGUAUUUGCUCCAGGAUCUGCCUCGCCGUCUCGAAGAAGCACAGCUAGUCCCGAUGGGGAGCAAGAAAAUUCAGACGAUGGCGGGGGAAACAGUGCGCCAGACGUUGGUGUUGACAAAAAUGAAGAGCUGGAUGCGCCUGAAAGUGUCUUUGACCUGGACGAUUUCGAUCUAGAUGCGGAGGAGUAG